AUGUCUAUCAAUCCAAACUCCUCAGCUGAAGCUCUCCCUGGCGGAUCAGAUGAUGAAUUCAUUUUGAGGGAUGACGAUAGCAUCGGUGAGAUUAUCAAUGGAUAUGAUCUCAACGAUCUAGGCAAACUUGUCCUAAAGCUCCUCAUUUCUCGAAACCCUAGCCAGAAUGCGAAUGAAGAUUCCAGCCAGAGCUUGAAAGAUUCAAUCCCUCAGGGACUGCCAAAUGAGAUUGCAGCUACAAUCCGCAAACUUUUGUGCCAAAUCGGGGAAGAUACAAACCGUGAAGGUCUCAGAAAAACACCCGACAGAUACGCAAAAGCGCUUCAAUUUUUCACAAAAGGAUACAAGGAGAAAGCGAAUGAAGUGUUAAAUGGCGCUAUUUUCAAUGAAGAAAUGGAGGACAUGGUGAUUGUGAGCGAUAUUGAUGUUUUCAGUUUGUGCGAACAUCACAUGUUGCCAUUCUUCGGAAAGAACUGUGUGCUUGCGUGCGAGAAUUGA